AUGGAUGAAGGGAGCUACGAUGUUUCCUGUGUGGAGGCCUGGAUCUCCCGGGUGUCCCCGGUGUGUUUGUACCUGGAGAUGCUGGUGGUCAAGGGCCUGACGUCCCUGAUUGGCCGGCCCCCCCUGCUGCCCCCCUGCGGGGAGGAGACGCCCUGGAGGGACGUGAGGAGUCUGCUGGACAUCCCCACGCUCAUGUUCCUCACAGCGCAGCUGCCGGACGGCUCCGGCGCCCCCUGGAGGCUGGUGUUCUCCACGCAGCUCCACGGGGAGAGCUUCACCCGGAUGCUGGGCGGCCUGACGGGGUGCGGCCCCACGCUGCUGCUCCUAAAGGACACCAGGGGUCACGUGUUCGGGGGCUUCGCCUCCCACGCCUGGGACCUCAAGCCUCAGUUCCAGGGUGACUCCAGGUGCUUCCUGUUCUCCGUGUCUCCCAGUCUGAGGGUUUAUCCAGCAACAGGAUACAACGAGCACUUCAUGUACCUGAACCAGCACCAGCAGACGAUGCCCAACGGACUGGGCAUGGGCGGGCAGCACGGAUACUUCGGCCUGUGGCUGGACGGUGACUUUGGGCGUGGUCACAGCCGUGCACGGCCCACGUGCUCUACCUACGGCAGCCCCCAGCUCUCUGGAGAGGAGGACUUCACCCUGGACUCCGUGGAGGUCUGGGCGGUCGGGAAGACCCCCCAACCAGAGGAGGGCGAGGAGGGGCGGGGCCAGAAGAGCGUCCUGGAUGCGAACCCGGAGCUCCAGGCCAUGCUGGAGAUGGCGGGGAAGACUCUCCACAGCCAGGGCCUCAGGGAGCCUCAGGAAGACCAGGACCAGUGAGAUGGACCUGGUCCUGCUGGGCGUGGAUCACAUAAGCCUUGAGAAGAAGGAACAGGAACACAUCUGGUGGCCUCAACAGGUUCUACAUGAGUUCUGUCUGCACUCGUAGUCUGGCAGGUGGAUUGAGUUGCAUUACUCCGGUCGGCCACCAGAGGCUGCACCAGGACCCCGAGCUCUAAAGAAAACUACAAGCAGUAGAACAACACUCACUAAAAAGAGCAAAGAAAACAAACUAACAGAAGGUUUCAGGUGAAACAUCCAACCUGUAGAAGCUCUGCGUCUAUAGUGACGUGGAUAUUAAAAUGAGCCUGAAGGCCUCAGAGGAGGGACGCGUCUCCAUUGGUGUUUGAUUCCUGUCAACUGCUCUGUGACGGAUGAUGUUAUUGCACAACAGUUUGACAGGACAUGAGGUUCAAGAGACACAGGCCUGUUGGUCAGCUUCUAGCCACGAUCACGUGAUCACGUGUUCAUCUACCUCUAGAUGGCUCUGUGUCUGAUUUCAAUGUGUUCAGCAUCUGUUUAUUGUUCUCGGUCUAACUCGUCCAGACUGGCUGUAACAGACGGCCUCUCCACCGGCUGCCUGCUCCUCUGAGAAUUGAUUUUAAGAUUCUUCUGAUCACUUUUAAAGCCCGCUGGCUCGUUGACAUGUUGGCCCCGUGUGAGCCCCAGCCUCAGAUCCUCCGGAGGCCUUCUGGCCGCGCCAAACACGAGGCUUGACACUAAGGGCGACCCAUUGGUCGACCGUCUUUUACCGUCAGAGCCCCUCGACCUUGGAACGACCCCCCGCAGAAUCAGGGACUUCUUUUAAAUCUCUUUAAAACCCAUUUUUGUGGAACAGCUGUUCAGUGAUGUUGCUCUUGGGUUCCCCUCUUUUAGUUUGUCUGUUGUUCUUUAUUCUGUAUCUUACCAUUCCAUUUGUUUUGCCUUCUCUGUACAGCACUUUGUAAACGGCUUUUAAAGGUGCUGUAUAAAUAAAGUUAUUAUUGUUCUCGCUCUA